GCGGGCACCUAGCGAAGAUGGUGGUACGCGCGGCGUGUGGCUCCCGUCGCCUGCCCAAGUCUCAGCUCAGCGCACUGGCCGGCGUCUCGCUGGUCUGGCGCCCCAGUCCGCCGGGUCCCUGACCCCGCGCCCCGUGGCCCCCGAUUCCCGAUAUGCCCCGCGCCCAUAGGGGCAGCGCGCCCCGCAAGGGCGGCCAGCGCCGCAGAGGAGGUGCCCAGAGCAGCAGCACGCAAGCUGACUCAGGCUCCAGCGAGGAUGAGGCAGCCAGCGAGGCCCGCAGCACUACCAGCGACUGCCCCAGCCUUCUUAGCACUGUGGCCGAGGACAGCCUUGGGGGCGAUGCCAUGGAUGAGCAGGGCCAGCAGGAGGACCUUGAGGAGAAGCUGAAGGAGUAUGUGGACUGCCUGACAGAUAAGAGUGCCAAGACCCGGCAAGGUGCUCUUGAGAACUUGCGCCUGGUCCUGGCGUCCCGCCUGCUCCCCGACUUUCUGCUGGAGCGCAGCCUUACGCUGGCUGAUGCCUUGGAAAAGUGCCUCAAGAAAGGGAAGGGCGAGGAACAGGCCCUGGCGGCUGCCGUCCUCGGCCUGCUCUGCGUGCAGCUGGGUCCUGGCCCCAAGGGCGAGGAGCUGUUCCGCAGCCUGCAACCCCUCCUGGUCUCCGUGCUCAGCGACGGCACAGCCAACCCCGCCGCCCGGCUGCACUGUGCUUCUGCUCUGGGCUUGGGUUGCUACGUCGCUGCUGCCGAUGUCCAGGACCUGCUCUCGUGCCUCGCCUGCCUGGAAGGUGUUUUCAGCCAGUCUUGCGGUGGGGAUGGCUCCACAGCCCCCGCCAGCCUGCACGGCCUCGUCUGUGCCGCCCUGCAAGCCUGGGCAUUGCUGCUCACCAUCUGCCCCAGCACCCACCUCGGCCACGUCCUUGACAGGCAGCUGCCGCGGCUUCCCCAGCUCUUGUCCAGCGACACUGUGAACCUGCGGAUUGCUGCCGGCGAGACCAUCGCUCUGCUCUUUGAGCUCGCCCGGGACCUUGAGGAGGACUUCCUUUACGAGGACACGGACACCCUCUGCAGCGCCCUGCGCACCCUGGCCACCGACAGCAACAAGCACCGUGCCAAAGCUGACCGCCGGCGCCAGCGCUCCACUUUCCGGGCUGUGCUGCGCUUUGUCGAGGGUGGCGAGUGUGAGGAAGAGACAGUCCGCUUCGGCCUCGAGGUGCUCUACGUGGACAGCUGGGCCCGGCGCCGCAUCUACGCCGCCUUCAGGGACGUGCUGGGGUCGGGCAUGCACCACCACCUGCAGAACAACGAGCUGCUCCGUGACAUCUUUGGCUUGGGCCCUGUGCUGGUGCUGGACGCCGCGGCCCUGAAGGCCUGCAAGCUCUCUCGAUUCGAGAAGCACCUGUACAACGCUGCUGCCUUCAAAGCGCGGACCAAGGCGCGUAGCCGCGUGCGGGACAAGCGGGCAGACAUCCUGUGAGGCAGGACCAGCCGAAGAGGAGACUGUCCCCGCCCUUGCCCGUAUUUUUAACAGGAGACAGUGCACUGGUCCCUGCCAGAAAUUGUCGCUUUAUUUUUUUAAUGACUAAACCAAAAACAGACCUGGGGGUGGGUGGCUGGAGGCCAGGCCCCUUGGCGUCCUGGCUCUUCGUCCCUGCACUCAGCCACUGUGGUCUCUUCCUGCCCUGUCCCAGGCCGGGCCAGACACGUGUCUGUCCCAGGGCCGUGGGGCAGACAGCAGGCAGGUGGUUGAUUCCUUUCUCCCCUUUCUCAGGCCUUGCUCCCCUGGGAUGUGCCACUUCCUUGGGGAGGGGGAUGACAUCUGGACAAAUGUCACAACAGGUGGGGAGGUGAGGCCACCUGGAAUGGAUUGAUGUGCUGGUUUUUAAAGAAUGUUAGAGAUGAAUAAAAUGAAUGCUCAGCCU